AGGUCGUAUGGCAGAGGGAAGUCCAACCACUUCUGUACUGGAACCAAUGCAAGAAUAUGCAGCUCCAUAACAAAGCCCGUAAGGAGUCCUGAGGAGCAGUGGAGGAAGCACAAGAGGCUUACACGUCUGUGGGGCUCUUUUAAUUGUUUUUAGCCGUGAUAAAAAGAGCUCACAAAACAGGAUCUAAGUUGGAGGUUUGCAUUGUUUGGCCAACACGUGCGUACCGCCGAUGCGUUUGCACUCUCUGUUUAAAGUGAGUGAGUGAGUCUGUUUCGCAUCCUGGUGCCGGGCUCUGAAGGAGGACUGCGCAUCAGCAGAGUUGGUUCCGAAGUACGAAUGCAAAGAGAAGAGUGCAUCGAGUAAAACUCCUGCACUUGUUUUUGAUUUUAUUUAUUAUUUUUUGGUAAAUAUAAUCACUCACACUUUCUUCUGCUUUGGCGCUGUGUUUGACAAGACAGUGAGUGAAACACGCCGAUAGUGAUUUCAUGCCUUCAGUCUCGCUCAGCCUGAGAUGGACGUGAGAUUUUAUCCUGCGCCCCCGGCAAAUGUGGGUUCAUGCUCCCUGCCGACUGAUCCAAGUUGUCUGAGCUCGUUGGACUAUUACCACUCGAACAAGUUUGAUGCUGACAACAUGUACAUGAAUGACAGCAACCAAGAGUUUCGGUCACCAAAUCAGAGCUACUCCGGUCAGGGUAGAGGCAGCAGCGGUGGUGGAGGAGGAGGAGGAGGAGGGGGCACAGGGGACGAAGACUAUGAGAUUCCCCCCAUCACGCCUCCAAACCACAUUGACCCUUCACUGCUUCACCUCACAGAGCAUGAGUCGGGAUACCCCUUCCACUCCCUGCCUCACAACGGCUUGCUCAACACCUACUCCUAUCCCGAGCUGCCCGCCCUCAUGAUGUCUAACAUGCUGGGUCAGGACACUCACCUCCUCUCUGGGCCUAUGCACUCGAUAAGCAAUGAGAAGCGGACCGCAGCAGAAAUGAUGAAGCCUAAGCCCAAACCUCAGAAGAAGAAAAAGAAGAAGGACCCCAAUGAGCCACAGAAGCCUGUGUCAGCGUAUGCGCUGUUCUUCAGAGACACCCAAGCUGCCAUCAAAGGCCAAAACCCCAAUGCCACCUUUGGAGAUGUGUCCAAGAUCGUGGCCUCCAUGUGGGACAGCCUUGGGGAGGAACAGAAGCAGGGAUACAAGAGGAAAACCGAGGCAGCUAAGAAAGAGUACCUGAAAGCGUUGGCCGCGUACCGAGCCAGUCUGGUUUCCAAGACAUACAAUGAUCCUGAACCAAAAAGUGCCCAGCAGACCAGCCAACCCUCUCACCUGCUGCCCCCCAAACAGCCCCUGUACAGCGUGCCCCCUCAAUCUUCUUCACCCUACCUGGGCCCCCCAGGCUCCUUUCCACUCUCUGAGCUCCAGAGCUACGGCGGGCCACGCCAUGCCCUGGGCCAGACCCUCAGCCAGUCCCAGAUGCUCCCACCCAGCAUGAGUGCCUCUCCCCCAGCACCCUUCCAGAUCAGCCCGCCUCUGCACCCGCACGCUCAGCUCUCCUUGCAUCUGAAUCAGCCAAUCCGCAUGCAGCAGUCGCAGCCAAUCAUUUCACACCAAAUGGGGCUCCAGGCCCCUCUGCAUUCCCCUCCGCUCAGCCAACAGGGAUUCUCCCAUCUUCAGGCUGAUUACCAGAAUAGUGUCGGGGGCUCGCAGUCUCCAGGGCCACCCAAUCCAGUGCACGGGCAGAACCCCGACUGGGAUGGCGAGUACUGCAACAGGGACUGUGGACCCAACCACUGCGGCAGUGGCAUGGGAGCCCGGGACAAGCCUCUCUACCUCACUUGAAGUUAUAUGACCUCCACAUGUCAGACUCCAGAGAGCUUUCUAACAUAACAACAGCUUCAUUGGUGUUUCUGCUCUUUCACCAUUUUGUUUUUCUUUUUGUUUUCUUCUUCUGAUGGAUUUUGAAAAUCCCAAAGACUGCUACAGUACCACCUUUUUGCCAAGCACUUAAAUCGGCCGCAAGCCCGAGGCACAUCCUUUGCUUUCUUUUUUUCCUUUUUUCCUCCUGGUCUGUGAACAUUGUUUUUGAGGUGGUGGUGAGCUUUAAGCUCACGCAGGUAUACUGGAAAUGAGGGCCAAAAAUGUCCUCUCAUAUUGUUUUGAUUUGUUUUUUUGAAGGAUCGCUUUCCUUUUCACUUAUUUGCUCUGUGUUUGCCAUGAACUAUCCUUAUUAGGAAGGGAAAAUGCUUAAAGCAUACACAAAGGUAGAAAAUCUAAUGCAGGAAACUAGAAUAUAGUUGCUUCUUCAGGGGUGGAUGUACUUCAGGACUUUCUGAAACAACCCCGACUGAAGGGAAAGCAACAUUUCAUGAAGGUGUCGUCAAGAAUACAUAUGCCAUUUGUAAAUCAUUGUUCCUCAUACUAAAGGACUUCCUUAUUUCCUUUUAUCACAGAGUGAUUGUAAAUAUCACCAAAAUGGAUCCCUUUCGUGUGUGUAUUGAGCUGGAGUCCCUCGGCUUUUUUUAAAACCCUCUUUUGUUUGGUUACGUGAUUUUUCUGUGCAAGCGGAUUCAGCGAGGGGCCACACACAUUAAAGCUCAAAUUGAAGCUCUGUUCAUGUCUCUCCAAAAAAUAUAAAAGCAGGAAAUGCAAAAGUUGAAAGCUGUUCGGUGUCCUCCUCGGCUGGGCACACUCCUACAGAGGACGUUGCUCCUUUAACAGCCUCAGGACGUUACAGGGGUCACUGAUUAAACGUAUAGCUCCUCCUACUCCUGUCAAUAAGAACCGCCCCCUUUGUCUUUAGCUCCGCCUUCCAUCCUUUUAGUCUCACAUCACUUGUACAGGUGAAUAAAAAAAAAUAUGUUGCUAAAUGUGAAAUGUUACUAAAGAAAAAAAACAUAACAGUGGGUUUUCAAGUUUUUGACUAGUUUUCUUAGGUGUUUUAGAAUUGUGUUAAACUUUUCCAUCUUUAUCUUUUCUUUGUUUUUUGUGUGGAAAAAAGUUUUCAAGAUACUUCAUUUAAAUUUUCACUGUAGCAGGAUUUGCGUUUCAGGUCAUUGGGGGUAGAUAUAUUUUAAUUUUGUGUACAAACCUGCCAAACGUAUUUCUUUAAUUUGUAAAGCCAGUGACAAAAGAGCCCCCAUUUUGUUCUGUUGGAUAUGUUUUACAAUUUGGUCAUUUUAUUUAAUUCUUUGCAGGUUUUACAUCUAUUUAUAGACAAUAUGAAGUAACAUUUUGGCUUAUUUGCAUCAGGGUGCAUUAUUAUUAUUAUUAUUAUUAAACCAACAGCUUUAUUUUUAGAAUAAUAAAUAUUUUCAGAAUUUGUCGUUGGUGCAUUUCUCACAUACAUGUACCAACAUUAGCUUCAUUUUUGUGUCACAAAUACUUCUUUUUUUGUUUUAUUUGUCUGUAAUAAAAUGUUUAAAGUGGAAAAGUGAA